AUGCCUCAGGAAGAGUCAGAUCCCAGGAUGGACACCCCACCCUCUGAAGAACCCUUAGAUAAGCAAACCAAAAAACUGGAAGACCAGGAAGAAGAGAUGGACUUUAAAGAGCUGGAUGGUCUGAGGGAAGCCUUGGCGAACCUCCGGGGGCUGUCCGAGGAGGACAAGAGUGAGCGGGCGAUGCUGUGUUCCCGCAUCCAGGAGCAGUCCCAGCUCAUCUGCAUCCUGAAGCGGAGGUCCGACGAGGCCCUGGAGCGCUGCCAGACCCUGGAACUGCUCAACAGCGAGCUGGAGGAGAAGAGGCUGCUGGAGGCUGAGGAGCUGAAGGCCAAGAACCAGCAGGCCCAGAAGCUGGAGAAACGCUUUAUGACCCUGGCUGCCAACCACGAGUUGAUGAUCCGCUUCAAGGAUGAACACAAAAGGCAGAACGCCAAGCUGCGAGAGGAGAACGAGAAGCUGAGGCUAGAGAAUGACCAGCUCUUCAGCCCAGCGCUGAAGGCCCAGGAGGCCAAAGUGGUGCUGCUCACAGCCCGGAGCAAGGCCCUAGCCACGGAGCUGGAGACCCUGCAACGGAAGUACGCCCAGGAUGUCUGCCAGGCCCAGGCCCGAGAGCAAGAGCUGCUGGAGCUGCAGAACCGGCAGGCCUGCGCCCACACCGAGGAGACGGAGCGGCUGCGCUCGCAGCUGCAGAGCCUCCAGGAGCAGCAGCAGGAGGCCCUGCGGCAGACGGCCAAGGCCGAGCAGGCGCACAGCCAGCGGAACCAGGAGCUGCAGGCCCGGCUGCAGACCGUCACUCGGGAGAAAGAGGAGCUGCUGCAGCUGUCCAUGGAGAGGGGCAAGGUGCUUCAGAACAAGCAAGCGGAGAUCCGCCAGCUGGAGGAGAAGCUGGAGAUGGCCGACAUGGCCAGGAGGCACGCACUUGAGCGCUUUGAGCAAGAGGCCGUGGCUGUGAACAGCAACUUGCGAGUCCGGGAGCUUCAGCGCAGGGUGGAUGGCAUCCAGGCUGCCUAUGAUGAACUCAGGCUGCAGUCCGAAGCUUUCAAAAAGCACAGCCUAGAUCUUUUAAGCAAGGAGAGAGAACUCAAUGCCAAACUCCGCCAUCUCUUUCCAUAA